AUGGCGAGCCCCAAUGCUGCGCGACCCUGUCUUCAGCGCGCUCUACAGACGUGCCAGCGAAGCAGCCUCACAGCCUCGCAGCGACCACUCGCCCCAACGUCCGCCGCCAUAGCAUACCAGUCCCUCUCGAGCCGACAGACAUGCCUCUUCUCAACGACAGCACCGCUCAGCAAGCGCCGCAGAAACCGCGACCACAAUCGCCAGCGCGGCCUGUCCGCGAUGCGAGGCACGGGCACACGCGAAGUCCUCUCUGUAGACAACGAGCCCCUGCCGAGGCCCGUCAACCCCGAGGAUUUCCCAGUGGUUGAAACAGACGCGGACCAUGGGCUAUGGGACUUCUUUUACACCAAGGACAAGCCCUUGAACACCCCCGAGGAGGAUGCCUCCCACGGGCGGGCGUGGAAGGUCGAGGAGCUGCGGCGCAAGAGCUGGGAGGACUUACAUAGUCUGUGGUGGGUGUGCGUCAAGGAGAGAAACAGAAUUGCUACGGCCAAUUGGGAGAGGACCAAGGGAAAGUAUGGGUACGGUGAUAACGAGAGCAGGUCGAGGGAGAUGCAGUCUAAGGACGGUUUUGCUGAUGUCGACUUUGCUCUACAGGUGCGGAAGACCCAGUCUGCGAUCAAGCACGCCCUGACGGAGAGGUUCUAUGCGUGGGAGGACGCGAGGAAGCUGGCUCAACAAGACCCGGAGGUCGAUCUUUCCGGCACGGGACCCGCUUACACCCCCAAUGGCUCAUAUCUGGAAUCUGAGGAGACGGCUUGGGAGGAAGAAACCGAGGAGCAGAGUACCGCCGGUGGAAGGUCAGAGGCGCCCAAGGAGACCAAGUCUUCACAAGAGGCAAUUGACCCGUCAACGAUAUCGAGCCCAGGAAAGGCGCACGCCGAUUCUCCUAGGGCAUGA